AUGGGAGCCGACUCGAGCGUACCCACCGUCGAGGACAACGGGUACGGCGUGGAAAGCGACGAGCAGGCCGCCAAUCGCUUCAAGCGCUCCAAGCCGCCCGCAGGGGCACUGAAGCAUCGGCUGCUCGUCCUUCACGGCCACGGCUCCAAUAACGACAUCAGCGAGCUGCAGGUGCUCAACCUGCAGCUGGCCAAAAAGCACGGCGUGCAGUGCGACUUCCUCUCCGCCCAGAUCGAGACGACCGCACGCGACGGGACCAUUGCACAGCUGUCGCCGGGUCCCUUCCACACGUGGUUUCACCUCUCUGGCCUGGUCGGCACGCUGGUCGGCCAAGGCCCAGGCGUGGCGGGAGGGUCACUGCACGACUCGCUCUGCCGGAUCAUCGAGCACCUGCAGACUCACGGGCCGUAUGAUGGGGUCUACGGCUUCUCGCAGGGCGCAGUGAUGGCGACUCUCCUCUGCAGCGAGACAGUGUGGCGGGGCAUCGGCGGGCUCACCGCGUGCCCCUUUCGCUUCGCGAUCCUCGCGAAUGCGGGCGGGACGUCGGUCGUCAACCGGAUCUCCAUUGCGCAGUGCGGCCGUGGCAAAGGGGAAGACGCCACCCCACUCUGCAAGCCCCAGCUGCCGGCUGGCGUGCCAAGCCUGCACCUCAUUGGCAAGCGAGACUGGCACCGCAGCUCGUCGCAGCAGCUGGUCAGCGCCUUCGAGCCGGCCACGGCGCGCACGUACACGCAUGCGCACGGGCACGAGAUACCGAUGGCAUUGUUGCGAGAUCGCGAGCUGCAAUCCGCCCUGGCAGCCUUCUUUGCCGAGCUGUAAGCCUCUUGUUUUUGCUGCUCCGGAGCUCCUACCUGGAGACCCGGACCCGCAUUACUCUUUUUGAGUGUCGCGUCGUGACGAGGAAUCCACUCCCAUUCCUCCGACUGUUCUUGUUUGAACUUGAGUGCGUGGGGUGUG